GAAUUUAAACCUUCAACAUGAUUGCUUUGUACGCAGCAGUUGCUGUUGCAGCACUAUUCCAGUGCUCAUCGGCACAAUUCUGUCAGGAUGCAACUCCCAACUGCCAAUUCUGGAGGAUGCAGGGACUGUGUCAAAGAGACCCCUAUGUCCAACAGAACUGUAGACAGUCGUGUGGAGGAUGCGGCGGCGGUGGUGGCGGAGGAGGCAUUGGCGGCUGCAGCGACCAACACCAAUAUUGCAGAGGAUGGGCCCAACAAGGUCUUUGCAAUUCCAACCAAUUUGUCCAACAGAACUGCAGGGCUGCUUGUGGCGCUUGUGGAGGAGGUGGACCGGGACCUAUUGGAGGAGGUAACUGUAGAGAUCAAGAUCAAAACUGCCAAGGAUGGUCCCGAAUGGGUCUUUGUAAUUCCAACCAGUUUGUGCAACAGAACUGCAAAGCAGCAUGCGGUGCUUGCGGAGGUGGCACUGGUGGUGGGCCAGGACCUAUUGGAGGAGGUGGUAAUGGACAAUGUGGAAUUGCCGGAUACUCCGCCGAUGAGGCUUCCAGUUUCAUUAUUGGAGGACGUGAGGCUCGUCAGAAUGCCUGGCCUUGGCAGGUAUCCCUUUGGUUCCAAGGUAGACACGGCUGUGGAGGUAGCAUCAUCAAUAGCAAGUGGAUCCUCACUGCGGCACAUUGUGUACAAGGCAAACCAGCAUUUGGCUACGUCAUCAAGGUCGGUCUUCAUAACCAAAUGAUGAGGUCUUCAACCACCAAGGACCACAGAGUAUCUCGUAUUAUUGUUCACCCAGGCUGGCAGAGGUCUAUGGGCCCAACAGUGAACGACAACGACAUUGCUCUGAUGGAACUCUCUUCACCAAUUGAUCUGUCCAACUCUGGUGCCGCUGUGGUCUGUCUCCCAAGCUCUAGUGACCAGUUCAGCGGACAAUGCACGGCUACCGGAUGGGGUGAAACAAUGGGUACUGGCAACAAACAGGUCCUCCAAGAAGUGAAUGUACCUGUCUAUGGUGAUCAACAAUGCAAGUCUUUCUGGGGAAGCCAAAUCUCAUCAAGACAGAUCUGCAUGGGAACAAACUCCCAGACAGCAUGCUUCGGUGACAGCGGUGGUCCUCUUGUGUGCCGACAGGGCAACAGCUACAAAUUGGCCGGUGUGACGUCAUGGGGAACCAAGCCAUGUGGUGGCAAGCCUGCCAUCUAUACCAAGGUCACUGCAUACCUCUCCUGGAUCAACCAAUACGUCAGAUAGACAUUUAUAAUAUCAGUUUUUAUUGUAACAGGGAGAUUGAGCUAUAUAGUAGUUUAAGACAAUUUUCACGUCAACGUUUUGUAUGGUCGAGUGGUUAUUUUAAAAAUGUGUAGCUUAACCUCACUAAUAUAAAGUAAAAUAUAAUGAGAGAAUCUUGAACAUAUUGUUAUGUGAUUUCAUCUUCUGAGAAAUAUCAGAGAUCUGAUAAAUACUCAUAAAAAUGAUUUCAAAAUGCACCGCCUUCAAUAAUUUUCAAAUACUAGUACACUUGGAAUCAACUGGAAACGAAGACAUCA